UGCGCACGCGCGGGUAAGAUGGCGGAUGAUAAGGACACACUGGGGAAGCUAAAGGAUCUUGCACAGUUGAAGGGUCAACUGGAAAGCAUCCAGAGGAGGGUGGAAGAGGAGGUACAAAUGGGAUUGCCCAAUGGUGGCUCCCUGUUGGCCUCUCCAUUCCUGAAGGGGUUCCUGGCGGGAUACGUUGUGGCCAAGCUGCGAGCCUCUGCUGUCCUGGGUGUGCUGGUGGGAACAGUCACUGGGAUUUAUGCAGCCCAAAACUACAACAUCCCCAAUGUAGAAAACUCAAUCAAGGAUUACCUGGACUCGAUGAAGAAAGGACCAAAAUAA